AUGUCCGAGGGGGAGAGCAAGGACAGCUCGGGCAGCGAGUGCCCCGUGUGCUACGAGAAGUUCCGGGACCUGGAGGGCGCCAGCCGCACGCUGAGCUGCGGCCACGUGUUCUGCCAUGACUGCCUGGUCAAGUACCUGCUCUCCACCCGCGUGGACGGGCAGGUGCAGCGCACCCUCGUCUGCCCCAUCUGCCGCUACGUCACCUUCCUCAGCAAGAAGAGCUCCCGCUGGCCCUCCAUGCUGGACCGGGGCGCCCAGACGCUGGCCGUGCCCGCCGGCCCGCCCCCCGGGCCGCCGCCCGCCCCCCGGGCCCACCCCGGGCCCCCGGCCGCCUCCCCGCCCGCCCGGAGGGCACCCGCCGGCCCCAGCCCCCAGCUGCCCUUGGACCUGCUGGCCGGCCUGCCCCGGGAGCCGCAGAUCUUCAUCAUCAGCCGCCACGGGAUGCCGCUGGGCGAGCAGGACAGCGUGCUGCCCCGGCGCAGCCUGGCCGAGCUCUCCGAGGCGCCCCCCGCGCCCCGCUCCUCCCGCUCCUUCUGCUGCCGCUCCCGGGCCCUCCUGCUCAUCACCCUCAUCGCCGCCGUGGCCGUGGUGGCCGCCAUCCUGCCCUGGGUGCUGCUGGUGAGGAAGCAGGCGUGA